AUGGGGUCAGAUGACCUGCCAUACAGUCCGCCGUCGCCGCCGGCGCGCGCCCCGGCGGAGGUCGACUGCGACGGCCGCUCGCUGGACCGGCCGGCCUCCAGUCGCAGCUCGGUGGACAACUCGUCGGCCACGCAGCUGCAGCAUCUGAAGAACACGGUGGGCGGCGCGUCCCGCGGCGUCAGCACCAUCGAACUGGUGAAGGCGGACUGCAAGGUCGGCAUCGUCGUCUCCGUCUGUGCUCAGUGGGGCUGGCUGGAACGAGACCUGUGUGCCAACGCGGCGCCCUCCGUGUCCGGGGACUCGCCGCGGCGCGGACCGCUGCGGCCGUCAGGCGGCGCGGACCGCGGCGGCCGACCCCAGGUGGCCGCUCUGACCCCGGGCGGCGCGGCGCAGCGCUCCGAUGCCGUGUGUGUCGGUGACCGGAUCCGAGCGGUGAACGGUACCAGCACAGAGGGUCUGCUGCAUCACGAGGUGCUGCAGCUGCUCCGGGACACCGAGCCGCGAGUCCAGCUCGAGCUCGAGUAUGACAUGCCAGAGUCAGUGGUCAGCAGUGAGUCGGUGUGCGCCUGCCCGCGCGUCAUCCAGGUGAUGCUAGAGAAGGAGCAGGGCAGCUUCGGGUUCACGGUGCGCGGCGGCGCCUGCCAGGAGGAGCCGGCCCGAUCGCGGCCGCUGACCAUCACCCACGUCCGGCCCGGCGGGCCCACCGACAGAGAGGGCACCGUGAAGGCCGGCGACCGUCUCCUGGCCGUGGACGGUGUGCGGCUCACCCACGCCACGCUGGCCGAGGCACACCGGGCACUGACGGCCGUUCAGCGGCAGGCCGUGCUCACCAUCGAGUACGACGUGUCGGUGAUGGACGCCAUGCGCGCGCGCACCGGGCCGCUGCAGGUGACCCUAGAGUGGCCGCCCGGCGGCCUCCUGGGGCUGGCGCUCAGCUCGGCAGGAGCGGCCAUCGUCAUCGAGAGCAUCCGGCAGGCCAGCGUGGCAGAGAGGGUGGGCGUGCUGCACGUCGGUGACCAGGUACUGGCCAUCGACGACGUCGGUCUGGAGCACAUGUCGGCCGCCGAGGCGUCCCGGCUGCUCCAAUCGUGCGCCGGUCCCGAGCUGCGUCUGCAGAUCAUACCGGUCACCGCCCGACGGCUCAGCGACGCCAAACGAUGUAAAGCCACCCUGCCGCCGUCGCUGCAGACGGCCAGCAGCGCUCUGUCGACCAGCAGCUGCGGCUCGGGCAGCUACAACACACUGGGCUCGGUGUACCGGCGCCGCCAGCCCGGACGGACCGCCCGCAAACACCGCGGGCACGGCGACGGCAGCAGCGCGGCCGGCAGUCGGCAGGAGACGGGCGGCGGCCAGUACUCGACUACCGGCGGCGGGACGACACUCUGCCAUCAGGAGAGCACCACGCUGACCCUGCUGUCCGACAGUCACGGGUUCGGACUGGCGCUGACGACUCGCUCUGACAGUGACGGCCAGACGCCGCCCGUGAUCGGACACAUUGAGCCCGGCAGUCCGGCAGACAGGUGCGGUAUUCUGCACGUGGGCGACCGGCUGCUGGAGGUGAACCACCAGCCGGUGGACGAGCUCUCAGCCGACCAGGCCUCCCGACUCCUGUCCGACGCCCGGCCGCGUGCCGUGCUUACCGUCGAGUUUGACGUGGCCGACGCCGUGGUGCCCAGCUCCGGCACAUUCCUCGUCAAGCUGGUGAAGCGGGCGCCGUCUCUGGGGCUGACGGUGGCCGCUCCCAAAUCACGGCAGCUGGGCGAACCUCUGAUCGUGGCAGACGUGGAGCCGGGAUCGGUGGCGCACAGGAACGGCACCAUCGAGCCGGGUGACCGACUGCUGAGUAUUGACGGCGUCCCCGUGGACCGUCUGACGGUCCAGCAGGCCUCCGAGAGACUCCACACGUCCGGGGACAUAGUCACGCUGCGCGUGCAAAAGGACAACCUCUGGGCAGACACGUCCGACCCGUCUCGCGUGGUGUUUACCGUGGAGCUGGAGCGGCACGGCGGACCGCUGGGACUGACCAUCUCCGGAACGGAGGAGCCGUUCGACCCCGUCUUCAUCUCCGGACUCACAGACGGCGGUCUGGCUGAGCGGACGGGCGCGCUGCACGUCGGUGACCGGGUGCUGGCCAUAAACGGCAGCUCUCUGCGCGGCCGGCCCCUCUCCGAGGCCAUCCAGCUGCUGCAGAACUCGACCGACGUGGUGCGCCUCAAGGUGGCCAGAGGAGCCGUCAAUAGACGCGGCUCUCUGAGCUCGGCCAGUCUGAGCACCAGCGGGUGUCGCGACCCGCCGCGGCCGCCCGGCUCGGCCCUCGCCUCCGUGGACAGCGCCGUCGAGUCGUGGGACAGCGCAGCCGCGGCCGCCGCCGAGCUGCCCCGGCUCCGGCUGGCUCCGGCCGGCUCCGGCUCCGGCUCCGGCUCCGACUGCAUCGACGGAGCCAAAACGGCGGCAGACUCGGGCUGUGACCGCGACUCGGGCGGCGCUGGCGGCGAGCGGUGGGAGACGCAGGCGCAGCGUCUGGCCGCCGGCCGGCCCCAGUCCGCCCAGGGUGACGACACUGAGGCGGAGGAGGACUGGAACAAGGUGCUCUCCGACCUGGAGGAGGUCGAGUCGUUCCGCAGGGACUUCGAGGACCAGCGACUCGAUGAUGGCGCGGGCCGUCGGCCUGCGGGCGGCAGCGGCUCCGGCAGCGGCGCCGGCAGCCUCUGCGGCAGCCGCGCCGUCUCUGUGAAGCCGCCGCGGCUGCCCAACUGGACCACCGAGGUGUCGGCCGGCCUCCACCCGCAGUCGGAGUCGGAGCUGGCCGAGCGCCGGCUGGCGGCUGGCUCCCUCUGCCGGCCGCGGGAGGAGGCGCGCGGCGCCGCCAGCGCUCCCGAGUUCCGGCUGCCCGGCUCCUAUACGGCGCUCAGUCGCGACAGCCGGCACCUGGUGCCCGUCCAGGUGCACCGGGUCACCCUGUUCAAAGACCCCGUCUAUGAGGACUUUGGGUUCAGCCUGUCGAACGCGCUCUAUGUAAAGGGCGUGUUCGUGGCGCGGGUGAAGCCGGGCGGCCCGGCGGAUAAGAGCGGCAUCCUGCGGCCCUACGACAGAAUCCUGCAGGUGAACCAGACGCCGACCACUGAGCACGACUGCUGUCAUAUCGUGCCUCUGAUCGCCUCGGUGGGCGACCGGCUGGACCUGGUGGUGGCGCGGAACCCGCUCACCGAGGAGCAGCCGCAGCUCGAGGACGAGCCGGGCCGCCAUCCGUGGGAGGAGGAUGAGGACAAGGUGGUGGACUCGACAGAGUCAGCCGUGCCGGCCAACCUCACCAACCACGUGCUGUAGCGGCUGCAGAAGGACUGGUCUGCGCUGUACUACCGCUGGCGGACGGGGUAGGACUGGUCGGCCUGGGGAGCUGACAGUCGCCGGGGGGUGGACGGUGCCUAAACGGUCCGUCACAGCCGGGUAUUUUGUGGAUAGAAUGGCCGCUGGGUAGGACGGUCGCAGCUAAAGGUGGGGCGUGGCGCCUGGUACUGCAGUGUCCGGUUCAGUACCGGGGACUCUGGCCGGGAGGUGAAGUCCGAUGGACCAUAUUUUGGUACACUGAGUCGCGUGCUACACGCGGCGUGGCCCGCCAGUGAGUGUGACUGGUUCCUGUGUACGGACUCCACGAGUCCCGUGUGGAUGUAACGGCAGCUAUGACGAGCGACGGAGAGACGCCGGUUAAUAUUUGUAACUACUCACAAUGUCCGGAGAGCCGCACCUAUGGCCGCGCCGGCCGUAGCUCAUAGGUUUGAGGGCAAGAACGGCUGCUGGAACACGGCAUUUGGGCACAGCGAUUUUACCGACGCAUUCGGAGAGUUGUUGGAGCGUUUUUAGAGUGACGAGUACUGCCUUGAACUGGCUUUGAAUUCCGAGAGGGAAGGUGUUAGCGUGGCUGUAUUUUGUAUUGUUAACCUAGGCGCACCCGGUGACUUACCGUUUUAAAUUUAUGUCAGUGACUCGAGUUGCCAGUAUGUCGCAAAAUACGAUAUAAGGUGGGCUACUCAGCUACUCCGAAUGCAUUUCAAGUUUGAGUAAGCAUUUUAAGGGCGAAUCGUUAUUAAUCUUGAUCAGCGAGAGCAAGAGCGUUUGUGUUUAAGCAAAUUGGUUACUCAUAAGUCAUUUCAUCACAGUGUUUGAUGAUGUUAACUUGUUGUAACUGCCUGGAGCAAGCAUUACACGUGUUGAGCGUU